CUUUAGUCUUCUUUUUACUACGAAAGCCUACUUGCAGUCAGCUCCUCUUUUUUUUUUUCCUUUCUCUCUGUUUAUUGAAUUUAUCUAUUUAGGCACAGAACCCCCUCUGUCCCUUGGUUUUCAAAAAAAAAAAGUUUGAGAUUCCUACGGCCUCUCUAGUUUAUUUACAACAAAUGUCACCAAGUACGUUUAAUGAGACAAUGUCAGCAGAAAGAACACCUCUGUUAAAUGGAGGAGGAGGAGGACAGCAGCAACUACUAGGCAAUAGUGGUUCAGUUGUUUCUUACACUAUUCCACAAGAGAAUUGCAGCAACAACAACUUGAAGGAUCGUCAACAGGCAAAGAGUACAAAGAGAAGGCUAUGGUUCGCAGUAGGAUUGGCUUGUGCUUUCUUUGUUACAGAAUUGGUAGCUGGUUAUUUUGCCAAUUCGUUAGCUUUGAUGUCCGACGCGUUUCAUCUCUUAUCAGACGUAGCAAGCUUUAUUGUGGCCCUUGUCGCUAUCUAUUUGGCAGAGAAACCAGCCACCAAAAAACAUACGUUUGGUUUCCAUCGUGCCGAGGUCAUUGCGGCGCUUGUUUCUGUUUUAACUAUCUGGAUUCUUACCGGAUUUCUGUUACAUGAGGCAAUACAAAGAUUGAAAAAGCCUGAAGUAAUUGAUGCAAAGUUGAUGUGCAUUACUGCUACUAUUGGUGUGGCUGUCAACGUCGUUCUAGCCUAUGUUCUUGGUGGACAUGGACAUAGUCAUGAUGGCCAUAGUCAUGAACACAACCAUAAUACCAACCAUGGACAUGAUGAAGAAACACAUAUUGCUCACCAUGCAAACGGAGGCCAACAUGAACACAAUCAUGGUGAACCAGCAACAGCACCACCCCGCAAAGAAGCAAACAUUAACCUUAGAGCAGCUGCCCUUCAUGUACUUGGUGAUUUAUUAGCUUCUGUUGGUGUGUUGGUUUCAUCGAUUAUCUUGCUUUUCAAGCCCCACUUGACCUUUGUUGAUCCUAUGUGUACCUUUAUCUUUUCCAUCCUUGUACUCUAUACCACUUAUCAUCUUGUCAAGGAUUCUUUGGCUGUCUUGAUGGAAGGUGUUCCUGGCAACAUCCAUCCUGACCUGAUCGAAAAAUCACUUCUCGGUCUUCCUGGCGUCAUUGCUGUGCACGAUUUGCACGUCUGGACUCUUUCACCUGGCAAAUAUUCAUUGACGGCUCAUGUCAAGAUUGAUGCUCAAAAUGGCAAUUAUGAUGAAAUUCUAUCCAAGGGUCAACAUAUUGUCUGUGAUAUCUAUGGUGUUCAUCAUUCCACGCUUCAAAUCGAAUCAGAUAAUACAUUGUUUACCAGUCAUUGUAAUCCUGAGCUAUGUGCUUCUCGUUAAAUUAAUGCUUGAGAUUAGAGAAUAAAACAAAAUCACGCGUCUUUACUGUAUACAUUGCCUAUUUUUUCUUAGUUUUCACUACACGUGAUGAUGAACCCAUUCCCUUACACUUUACCCCCCCUUUUUUUUCACAGUUUGAAUAAAAAGCCUCUUUCUUUUUUUUUUUACUUUUUCACUUGCUUCUUCCCCUC